GUUGUAAUCAUUUACUUACAGCAGGAGCGGUAAGAGUGUUACCUUGUACGAAAGCUGCUAAAAAAAAGAAGCUGCACAUUGAAGACUUCUGAUUGAAAUGAAUACCACUGGAAAAGUUAUCAAAUGCAAGGCUGCUGUAUUGUGGGAGCCAAAAAAACCUCUUAGUAUUGAAGAAAUAGAAGUUGCUCCACCAAAGGCUCAUGAAGUCCGGAUAAAGAUUGUAGCUACUGGAAUCUGUCGAUCAGAUGACCAUGUGAUAGAAGGACAUGUAAAACAAAUGAAAUUUCCAAUUAUCUUAGGCCAUGAAGGUGCUGGAAUAGUUGAAAGUAUUGGUGAAGGAGUAACUACAGUUAAACCAGGUGACAAAGUAAUACCACUAAUUAUCCCUCAGUGUGGAGAAUGCAGGGGCUGUCAUGAUCCAAAUGGUAAUAUUUGCCACAAAUCAGACUUUGGAAAAUAUCGUGGUCUAAUGUCUGACAACACCAGCAGACUUACCUGUAAGGGACAAGUGGUUUAUAAUUUUCUCAACACCAGCACCUUUACAGAGUACACCGUGGUGGAGGAAAUGUGUGUGGUUAAGAUAAAUGAUGAUGUACAACUAGAUAAAGCUUGCGUGAUUGGAUGUGGAUUUUCCACUGGCUAUGGCUCAGCUGUUAACGUGGCUAAGGUAACUCCUGGAUCAACCUGUGUUGUGUUUGGGUUAGGUGGCAUUGGCCUCUCUGUAGUAAUUGGAUGUAAGAUUGCUGGAGCUGCCAAAAUCAUUGGAGUUGAUGUAAAUAGUGAUAAGUUUGAAAAAGCCAAAGAAUUGGGAGCUACCGAAUGCCUCAAUCCAAAAGAAUUUGAAGCUCCCAUCCAUGAGGUGUUACUAAAGAUGACAGAUGGUGGAACCAACUACUCGUUUGAGUGCAUUGGAAGACCUGAUAUCAUGGUUUCUGCAAUAUUGUCCACUUAUGCUGGCUCUGGCACUACAGUUAUUAUUGGAGUAUCAGCUGAAGAAAUCUCAUUUAACCCAAUGAUACUUCUAAUGGGACGCACUUUAAAAGGCGCUAUAUUUGGAGGUUUUAAGAGCAAGGAUUGUGUUCCUCAACUUGUAUCAGAUUUAAUAUCAGAAAAGUUCAACCUGGAUGCUUUGAUAACUCACAGAUUGCCUUUUACUGAAGUAAACAAAGGAUUUGAGCUUUUGCAUAAAGGGGAAAGCAUACGCACAGUCCUCCAGUUCUGAUUUUAAAAACCCCCUUUUUAUGAUCCUGUUUUGAAGGCUAAAUGAGGAAUAUAUUGAUUUUUGGAUUUUGUUUAUUUUCCUUCACUUCACAAGAAAGAUACUAUCAACAUAUUAAACAUAAGCAAAGGCUUGAAUCUCAUGAAGUCAAGGAAAUUAUAGUUUAUAAUUUUUUUGCCUGCAAUUAUGUUGAUUAAAUGUGUAUGAUCAAGUUUGAUUAAAGGCAUUGCAAACAUUC